CGAAAGCGGCGCUCUGGAAGUAGGCAGGCGGUCUCCGCGGCGCUUCGCAGCAAAGCGAGUCGAGCUUAUUUGGGGGACCAGUCGGAAAAUCCCGGGCUUCGUUAGCAUACGCUAAUGGCAGACAAUCAUGCUGUGCCCCGCGUGUAUAUGGCUAAACUUAAUGAAGACUGUCAGAAAAAAAAAUGGAAAAUGGAAUAUAAAGAUGUCAAUAUCACAGGCCCUCCUCAUGAUCGUAUAUUCACUGUAGUAGUUGUAAUAGAAAACAAAGAAUAUACCCCAGCGACGGGUAAAUCCAAGAAGGAGGCAAGAAGUCUUGCGGCAAAAUUCGCUUGGGAUGCUAUACACCAGGAAGUGAACGCACAUCCUGCUUCCACACCCCUGCAGCAGCCAUCCCCGUCCCCCUCACCCCCACCUCUACAAUUGCCCAAGUGUGCUGCAAGUUUAACUGAUGUUGCAUCUUCACCUAACUAUAUUUCCUUGCUCAAUGAAUAUGCACUAAAGAAUAAAGUCACUGUUCAGUAUCCUUUUAAGGAUAAAACUGGAGAGGACCAUAAGCCAAACUUUUUCUGUGCCUGUGAAAUUGGUGAUAAAAUUUAUGGUGAAGGUACAGGAAAAAACAAGCAAGCAGCAAAACUUAAUGCUGCCAAGCAAGCAUAUGAAAAGAUAAAGGCCCAACCAAAUUUCAGGCCAAGACAAAGUGCUGAUUCUCUAUAUACGUCACUCAGUAGUUCCCAGGAAACUUCAGAAGAGGCAUCUAUGAAUGGUGUGGAUUCUGACUUGGAAUGUAAGAGUGUAAACGAUAAACUGGCUGCUAAAAUUGAUGCCAAACAACUACAUGAAGCUUCUUCGUGUGCUCUGGCAAGUCCCAGAGGUCCUGCUGUGAAGUCUAAAAGGAAAGACACACCAUUGGCACCCACAUUUUCAAAGAUGCAUCAAAGAGAAAACAAAUACACAGUCAAUAAGAGGUUUAUUGAGGAAUUUGUAGAUAUAAAGAGAAUUAGCCGUGGUGCAUUUGGGUGUGUUUUCAAGGCAAAGCAUGGAAUUGAUAAGAGAGAGUAUGCUGUCAAACGAGUGAAACUCAGUUUUGAAGAAACAGACGCCGUAGCAGCAGAACGUGAAGUGGAAAAUCUAGCAGAACUUGACCACGAAAACAUUGUCCGGUAUUACGGUUGCUGGAUUGGAAAAGACACUUUUGAAUCAGAGGACAGCAUAAGUGAUGAUAGCUCACGGCUUACAGAUUAUAAAUGUCUGUUCAUAAAAAUGGAAUUUUGUGAGAAGGGAACACUGGACGAUUGGAUGAAUCAGAAAAGAGGGACAGAAAACUGCAAGGAUGACUCAUUAAUGAAAUUCCAACAGAUAGUGAAAGGGGUGGUGUAUAUUCAUUCAAAAAACUUAAUUCAUAGAGAUCUUAAGCCUCUAAAUAUAUUAAUAUCUAGAGAAGAUAAAAUAAAGAUAGGUGAUUUUGGAUUGGUAACAUCAAGUGUAGAUGAUCUAUCAGUACUUCGAACAGAAAACAGAGGGACAAAACGUUAUAUGGCCCCUGAACAGGCAGGGAACAGAUAUGGAAAAGAAGUGGAUAUCUUUCCUUUAGGAUUAAUUUUGUAUGAAAUGCUUCACAUAUUUAAAACAGAAACUGAGAAAUCCAAGGAGUGGCCUAACAUAAGAAAAUGCAGAUUUUCACAAACAUUUAAUGAGGAUUUUCCAACAGAGGGAGCCCUAAUUAAGAAAAUGCUUUCAGAAAACCCGUGUGACAGACCAAAAGCAACAAGGAUCUUGGAAAUUUUAAAUCAAACCAAACAACAUAGAGUACACAGUUGGUAGCAAAUAUCUCAGUACACGAUCACAGUAUUUUGGUCUAAAGAUUUCUUUGUAACAUUGAAAGUCUAAAACUGUUAUCCUAAUCCAUAUGUGACAAGCAAGUACACAGCCUGCUUGGGCCUUUUCCCUCUGAAGGGGUGUUGCCUCUUCCAGAGUGCUCUGAUCUGCUGGGGAUGGUUUCGGUAGGCUGAAUCAGUAUGCAAAGUCAAAUAAUCAGGAGUAUACAAGGCAGCAGUGUUGUCUUCCAGGUUGUGGAAUCCUCUGCGCACUGACAGGCUGUAUUAGCUUCUCUGCAUUUUAGUGAAAUUAGAUCUUUCAGUUUGAUCUUCAUUUUAGCUGGCAGUGAUGAGGGAAGUUUGAUUUUAUUGCCUUUAACUUUUAAAAGAUUUUAGACUUUUCUUACUGUGCUGCCAUAUUAGAUUUUUGUGCCCCCCCCCCAAGGUUAGCAGUUUUUAAUUGGGGCUCUUAUGAGAAAAGUGUACAUAAAGCAGAGCACCAAAAACAAAUUUUAAGUUUUGUAAACUAUCACAAGGCAAAACAUUAUGAAUUUUAGUUUUAAAAGACUACCUCCCCACAUGCAAACUGGAGGUAACAAUACAUAUCGAAGAAGUAAAGGGUUGGGGAAGAAAGUGAGGAUUUUUGAUCUUUCUUUGAAAAAUUAAAUUUAUUUAUUUGCUUCAUUUAUACUCUGCCUUUCUCUCCAGUGAUGACCCAAAACAGCUUACAUGAUUAUCUUCAUGUCUAUUUUAUCCUCAUAACAACCCUGUAAGGUGUAGGUGAGGCUGAGAGUAUAUGACUGGCCCAAGGUCACCCAGUGAGCUUCCAUGGUAAAGUGGGAAUUCAAACCUGGAUCUCCGAGAUCCUAGACUGACACUCUUAAUUACUAUAUCACAUGGGUUCUCUAAUGGGCAAACAUUUUUAAAGGAUACAUUCUAGGCAGUUAAUGUCUCCUAUUCCUAUCCUUCAUUAUUUAAUAUCAGUUUACAUAAUUAUUAAACGCUAGUGUGCUGCUUGCUUAACCCUUGUGCCAUGGAAGAUACUGGUGUGUGUUAAAGCUACAAGCAGAUUAAUAAGCCAACUUUGAACAUCAGGGGUGGGCAGAUGGAAGAUCAGUAUUCUGGUUAAGGUUGCCAGGUCUCCCUAAGCAACUGGCAGGGGAUGGUACUCACUGGAAUUAUUUUCUUUGCACAAAAUAGCACUCCCAACCUUCUAUAGCACUCCCAACCUCUAUGUGACAAUGUCACUUCUGGAAGUGAUGUCGUCAUGCUGACCAUGGGAGUGCUCCCACACUUUGUGCCAGCAUUCUUUGAGAAUUGGCCUGUUUGGGGCCAAAAUCAACACCACAUGAAGCACAGGAGCACUCCUGCAGCCAGCAUGACAAUGACGCUUCUGGAAGUGAUACCAUUGCACACUGCUGGGAGCACAUGUGCCAUGUGUUUGCCUUGGUUGCCUACUGGUGGCGGGUGAUUACCAAGUGGCUUGCUGCCACCUGAGGUAAAAAAAAAAAAGGUAAAGGUAGUUCCCUGUGCAAGCACCAAGUCAUUACUGACCCAUGGGGGGACGUCGCAUCACGACGUUUUCUUGGCAGACUUUUUACGGGGUGUUUUGCCAUUGCCUUCCCCAGUCAUCUAAACUUUGCCUCCAGGAAACUGGGUACUCAUUUUACCGACUUUGGAAGGAUGGAAGGCUGAGUCAACCUUGAGCUGGUUACCUGAACCUGGCUUCCGCCAGGAUCGAACUCAGGUCGUGAACAGAGCUUGGGCUGCAGUACUGCCGCUUACCACUCUGUGCCACACUGCUGGGAGCACAUGUGCCAUGUGUUUGCCUUGGUUGCCUACUGGUGGCGGGUGAUUACCAAGUGGCUUGCCGCCACCUGAGAAUGGGGGCAAAAUGCCAAGAGUUUGCUCACCACCAGGCACCAGGGGACCCUGCUACUGAUAGAUCUUGGUUUGGAACAUAAUAGAUCUGCUGAAAUUCAUUGGGAUAAGUCUCUUCUAUCUCCUGAUUUCCAGAAAUCUUCCAUUGUUGUGAGUGCUGGCCCACAUUGCUCUGGAAACUGGCCUACUUCACUGUACUAUAGUUCCUUUCUAGCAAAUUUGUAAUCUUGUUUCUUAAAAAUUGCAAAUAAAAAGGGAUAAUCGGUUUUCUCAGCCUUGCCUGUAGAAUGGUAUUCUUAAUUGGUUUCCUUCAACCAGGUUUUUGUGCAGUACUUUUAGGAAUAAUUGAGAUGUGAAUUGGUACUUCAAG